AUGCCUUCCGCGGCGCAGCUCCCCGUCACGAUGUUGGCCCUGGCGUCAACAAGGCCGGUCGCGAGAACUUCGAUGCAGCAGCACGUCGGCAGGCUGAUGGCUGCCAACGCCAUGCGCACCUACGCCACGCCCGCCGGUCCCCCGCCUCCCAACUUCCGCAUGAAGAGACACCAGACCUGGGACGAGGACCAGGAGUCGACGACGAACAAGCUGGGCCGCUACUUCCUUCUGUCCGAGAUGGCAAGGGGAAUGUACGUCCUGAUGGAGCAGUUCUUCCGCCCGCCCUACACCAUCUACUACCCCUUUGAAAAGGGCCCCAUCUCCCCCCGUUUCCGCGGCGAGCACGCCCUCCGCCGCUACCCGUCCGGCGAGGAGCGCUGCAUUGCCUGCAAGCUCUGCGAGGCCAUCUGCCCGGCCCAGGCCAUUACCAUCGAGGCCGAGGAGCGCGCCGACGGCUCCCGCCGCACCACCCGCUACGACAUUGACAUGACCAAGUGCAUCUACUGCGGCUUCUGCCAGGAGUCGUGCCCCGUCGACGCCAUUGUCGAGUCCCCCAACGCCGAGUACGCCACCGAGACCCGCGAGGAGUUGCUGUACAACAAGGAGAAGCUGCUGUCCAACGGUGACAAGUGGGAGCCCGAGCUGGCUGCCGUCAUCCGUGCCGACGCCCCCUACAGAUAA